AUCAACCUUACCCCCACAGAGAUGACACACGAGCUCUACACAAAGGACGGAAAGACCUGCGUCCCCUUCCUGUUCGGCGGAGAGCUGCACGAGGACUGCCUGAGGACCCCCGACAAGCCCCUGCCCUGGUGCGCCACGAAGGUCAACAACCAGGGCCUCAUGACACACUGGGAUUACUGCGACGUAGCUGAACAGCAACCACCAAUGAUCUCCAGGGAAUCCCCAGUUGAAACUGAACAGCCACCGUCUGUGACCAGCGAAACCCCAGCUCCCACUGAAGUGCCACCACUAUGUGUUCCCUUCCGACUCGGAGAAGAAAUCGUGAGCGGAUGCGUUGGCGAAGAAGGGGAGGAGCAGAUAAUCGAAGUGGAGGAAGAAGGAGAAGUGAUAAACAGGGAGACAGUGAGCGGCAGAUGGUGCGCCUCCGAGGUAGACGAGAAUCUGAAUGUGCUAGCAAUGAUACCCUGCCCGACUAUGCCUAACGUAACUGAAGAGCAACCACCAAUGACUUCCAGGGAAUCCCCAGUUGAAACUGAACAGCCACCGUCUGUGACCAGUGAAACCCCAGUUGAAACUGAACCGCCAACAUCUGUGACCAGCGAAACCCCAGCUCCCACUGAAGUGCCACCACUAUGUGUUCCCUUCCGACUCGGAGAAGAAAUCGUGAGCGGAUGCGUUGGCGAAGAAGGGGAGGAGCAGAUAAUCGAAGUGGAGGAAGAAGGAGAAGUGAUAAACAGGGAGACAGUGAGCGGCAGAUGGUGCGCCUCCGAGGUAGACGAGAAUCUGAAUGUGCUAGCAAUGAUGCCCUGCCCGACUAUGCCUAACGUAACUGAAGAGCAACCACCAAUGACUUCCAGGGAAUCCCCAGUUGAAACUGAACAGCCACCGUCUGUGACCAGUGAAACCCCAGCUCCCACUGAAGUGCCACCACUAUGUGUUCCCUUCCGACUCGGAGAAGAAAUCGUGAGCGGAUGCGUUGGCGAAGAAGGGGAGGAGCAGAUAAUCGAAGUGGAGGAAGAAGGAGAAGUGAUAAACAGGGAGACAGUGAGCGGCAGAUGGUGCGCCUCCGAGGUAGACGAGAAUCUGAAUGUGCUAUCAAUUAUAUCCUGCCCGACUAUGCCUAACAUAACUGAAGAGCAACCACCAUUGACUUCCAGGGAAUCCCCAGUUGAAACUGAACAGCCACCAUCUGUGACCAGUGAAUCCCCAGCUCCCACUGAAGUGCCACCACUAUGUGUUCCCUUCCGACUCGGAGAAGAAAUCGUGAGCGGAUGCGUUGGCGAAGAAGGGGAGGAGCAGAUAAUCGAAGUGGAGGAAGAAGGAGAAGUGAUAAACAGGGAGACAGUGAGCGGCAGAUGGUGCGCCUCCGAGGUAGACGAGAAUCUGAAUGUGCUAUCAAUGAUACCCUGCCCGACUAUGCCAAACGCAACUGAACAGCAACCACCAAUGACUUCCAGGGAAUCCCCAGUUGAAACUGAACCGCCAACAUCUGUGACCAGCGAAACCCCAGCUCCCACUGAAGUGCCACCACUAUGUGUUCCCUUCCGACUCGGAGAAGAAAUCGUGAGCGGAUGCGUUGGCGAAGAAGGGGAGGAGCAGAUAAUCGAAGUGGAGGAAGAAGGAGUGAUAAACAGGGAGACAGUGAGCGGCAGAUGGUGCGCCUCCGAGGUAGACGAGAAUCUGAAUGUGCUAUCAAUGAUACCCUGCCCGAUUAUGGCUCACGUAGCUGAACAGCAACCACCAAUGACUUCCAGGGAAUCCCCAGGUGAAACUGAACAGCCAUCAUCUGUGACCAGUGAAACCCCAGCUCCCACUGAAGUGCCACCACUAUGUGUUCCCUUCCGACUCGGAGAAGAAAUCGUGAGCGGAUGCGUUGGCGAAGAAGGGGAGGAGCAGAUAAUCGAAGUGGAGGAAGAAGGAGAAGUGAUAAACAGGGAGACAGUGAGCGGCAGAUGGUGCGCCUCCGAGGUAGACGAGAAUCUGAAUGUGCUAUCAAUGAUACCCUGCCCGACUAUGCCAAACGCAACUGAACAGCAACCACCAAUGACUUCCAGGGAAUCCCCAGUUGAAACUGAACAGCCACCGUCUGUGACCAGCGAAACCCCAGCUCCCACUGAAGUGCCACCACUAUGUGUUCCCUUCCGACUCGGAGAAGAAAUCGUGAGCGGAUGCGUUGGCGAAGAAGGGGAGGAGCAGAUAAUCGAAGUGGAGGAAGAAGGAGAAGUGAUAAACAGGGAGACAGUGAGCGGCAGAUGGUGCGCCUCCGAGGUAGACGAGAAUCUGAAUGUGCUAUCAAUUAUACCCUGCCCGACUAUGCCUAACAUAACUGAAGAGCAACCACCAUUGACUUCCAGGGAAUCCCCAGUUGAAACUGAACAGCCACCGUCUGUGACCAGUGAAUCCCCAGCUCCCACUGAAGUGCCACCACUAUGUGUUCCCUUCCGACUCGGAGAAGAAAUCGUGAGCGGAUGCGUUGGCGAAGAAGGGGAGGAGCAGAUAAUCGAAGUGGAGGAAGAAGGAGUGAUAAACAGGGAGACAGUGAGCGGCAGAUGGUGCGCCUCCGAGGUAGACGAGAAUCUGAAUGUGCUAGCAAUUAUACCCUGCCCGACUAUGCCUAACAUAACUGAAGAGCAACCACCAUUGACUUCCCGGGAAUCCCCAGUUGAAACUGAACAGCCACCGUCUGUGACCAGCGAAACCCCAGCUCCCACUGAAGUGCCACCACUAUGUGUUCCCUUCCGACUCGGAGAAGAAAUCGUGAGCGGAUGCGUUGGCGAAGAAGGGGAGGAGCAGAUAAUCGAAGUGGAGGAAGAAGGAGAAGUGAUAAACAGGGAGACAGUGAGCGGCAGAUGGUGCGCCUCCGAGGUAGACGAGAAUCUGAAUGUGCUAUCAAUGAUACCCUGCCCGACUAUGCCUAACGUAACUGAACAACAACCACCAAUGACUUCCAGGGAAUCCCCAGCUCCCACUGAAGUGCCAUCAUGUGUUCCCUUCCGACUCGGAGAAGAAACCGUGAGCGGAUGCGUUGGCGAAGAAGGGGAGGAGCAGAUAAUUGAAAUGGAGGAAGGAGAAGUGAUGGUGAGCGGCAGAUGGUGCGCCUCCGAGGUAGACGAGAAUCUGAAUAUGCUAUCAAUGAUAUCCUGCCCGACUAUGUCCCUUGAAACUGAACAGCCCCCGUCUGUGACCACUAGUGAAUCCCCAGACGUAACUGAACAGCAACCACCAAUGACUUCCAGGGAAUCCCCAGCUGUAACUGAAGAGGCAGUGACUACCAGUGAAUCUCCAGGACUUUCUGGAACAUAUAACAAGUACAAAGGGCUAAUAAUUGCCCCAGGCGAGAAUGUGAACCUUUUUAUGUUUCAAACUGAACAGCCACCGUCAGUGACCAUCAGUGAAGGCAACUACACGGAAGAACCGAUUGAAAGCAAAGAGUCACGCUCAGGACCGCUUGAAAACGGGGAUAUGAAUAUCGUAUCGGUUAUACGCUGCCCAGUCGUGCCCAGUAUCGCUGCCAUCACCUGGGGAAGCACAGCCUGCGUUCCCUUCCGUUACGGAGAGGAGAUCGUGAAGGGUUGCGUCGGCGAGGAAGGCGAGGAGCACGUAAUCGAGAUGGAGGGAGAGGAAGGCAGGCCAAUGAGAUGGACAGUGGCGGGCAGAUGGUGCGCCUCAGAGGUAGACGAGAAUCUGAAUGCACUGUCGAUUAUAGGCUGCCCGACCGAGCCCUACAUAACCGAUCAGCCGCCGUCAGUGACCACCAGUGAAGGCUUCCAAGCAGAUGAACGGGAGUCGCGCUCAUACCGGUUGGAAAAACCGCUGGAACGAAAUGUGUGCGUUGCCUUCCGAUACGGAGAGGAAAUCGUGAGCGGAUGCUUUGAGCAGCAGGGCUUAGCGGCCUUAAGGGUCAUGGGGUCGAUUGGAUUUAGUCCUCUGAGUCCCGAGGAUACAGCGGUCAUAAAAACAGGUUUAACCACUGAAGGACAACCACAAGUGCCUUACAGUGAAACCCCAGUAUAUGCGGUGACAGUCGACGGCAAGAUCUGCGUGUUUCCUUUCACGUGGGAAGGCGUUUCCUACAACAACUGCACGACAGCCGAGCGCCGCAUUCCGUGGUGCGCGACGCAGCUCAAUGACAGAAGGGACCCGGUGUCGAGUGGAUAUUGCAAGGACACGUUGGUGGGCCCCGUUCCGUCCGAGCCUCCGCCGUUUGUGCCGGACGAGAGAGCGACCAACACAAGCCAAUGCGAGUUCCCGUUCGUGUACAAGGGUAUGACGUACUUCACAUGCACGAGAGAGGAUUCGCUGAUCCCUUGGUGCGCUCUGGAGGUGGACCGCAACAGACGUCCGACGCGCGUGGGAUGUUGCCAUGGAAUCUCCCCAACGCAGCUAACAGUGGGGGGCGAGCAGUGCAUCUUCCCCUUCCAGCACGGCGGGGAGUGGCACUAUUCCUGCGUGCCUUCGGAGGAGGGUCAAGGCAGGGGGCGUUCUUGGUGUGUGACCCGCGUCGACGCCUUCGUCCAGCCUAUCGCCGCGGACUACUGCGUCGUUAACACAGCUACAUCAGAUGUUAUAUACCACAGAUGCUAUGAGUAUCCGAAACUGUAUCGAUUAUUCCUUUCCACAGAGCCAUCUACGCAAGCUCCGGUUUCUUUGACUGACGCGCAGCCAGAGCGCCGAACCACGGACGGGCUCACGUGCGUCUUCCCCUUCUGGCACCAAGGGCGGUGGUUCAAGGACUGCACGAGGACGGACUCCGAGGAAGACCCCUGGUGCGCCACGGAGAUCGAUGUUCAUGGCGCUGUCUUGAAGGCUGGGACAUGCCGUCGGGAGACCGCAGUCACCGAGCAGACAUGCGGCGACGACGUGGCGACGGAGACGGCGUCCGGCGUGGCGUGCGUGUUCCCGUUCGUGUACCGCGGCCACAGGUACUGCCGCUGCACCUCCGUGGACGAGAGGGCCCCUUGGUGCGCCACCCGCGUCGACGGGGGCCGCCGCGUCAUCGCAGGGGCCUACUGCGCGGAGAACAGAACCCACGAAGAACUUGAUGUGGUCGGGGAACCAGCGCAAACGGUAGACGGGUCGAAGUGCGUGUUCCCGUUCUAUUACAAGGGCAACAGAUACAGCAAGUGCCACCCCAUCGAGCGAGCCAAGGCGUGGUGCCCCAUUAUGGUGAACGCGAGGAUGGAGCCUCUGCAGAGCGGUUAUUGUGAUGAUGACACGAGCGCACUGCCCUUCCAACCGCCGCCAGUUGUCUUGGGUUUGACCAUGACCUUGAAUCUGGGGCCCUGCGUGUUCCCGUUCUGGUACAAGGGCGACGUGCACGAGCGGUGUACGUGCAAGGAUGCCCCCGCGUGCUGGUGCCCGACCUCGCUCAACGAUAACCGCGAGCCAGCUGUUACCGACUACUGCAAGGGCCUGUUGGAGGGCCCCGUGCCUGAGUUGCCGCCGCCAGCCUUCGGAGCGGACGCCGCCACGACCGUCGACGGGGUCCCUUGCGUGUUCCCGUUCCGCUUCGGCGACGUGAUCUACACGCGGUGCACCGAGGCGUCGCGCGGGGCCCCCUGGUGCGCCACGCAGGUCGACGAGGCGCUGCGCCCCGUCAGGAGCGGGUUUUGCAAGGGCGUCGGCGAUGCGAGCGCUGAGUCUCCAGAGGUCAUAUCAAAGAGCGAUUAACAACAGGUCGCUCUUGACGCGGACGCAAUCGCAGACCCCACGGAGGCCGUCACAAGCUCUUCACUUCUUCGGCCGACCUGCAGGAGGCUGCCGUAGUAUAGGGAGAUAUUUAUAUACAUAUGUUAUGGUUUUUUUAUUUUAACUCUUAAAUUCAUUGUUAAGUGAGUGGAGAAACUUGUUUAAUUAUGUACAAGUGUAUGAGUAGGUUGGGAUUUAUUUGGUGUGAUGAGAAAAGCAAAAGUUAUAACGUGACUUGUAACAUUGAGAAUGGAGUUAAUGUGAUUUGCUGUAUCUCUCUCUGGCUUUGUUUUUCUCUCUUUUUCCGUUCCCCUUCCUCCCUUACUUCCCCUCU